CGGACCAAUGGACGUCUCGGAGCCCACCUUGAGGCCGGGGCGGGGCGCCGGGCUGGCGUCACCAGGACAACGGGCGUCGCCGGCGCCGUGUGACUCCGGGCUGUGGGCGCGCUCGCGGCCAUGGUUUUCUCAAACAAUGAUGACGGCCUUAUCAACAAGAAGUUACCCAAGGAACUCCUCUUAAGAAUAUUCUCCUUCUUGGAUAUCGUAACUCUUUGCCGGUGUGCACAAAUUUCCAAGGCAUGGAACAUCUUAGCCCUGGAUGGAAGCAACUGGCAAAGAAUAGACCUUUUUAACUUUCAGACAGAUGUAGAGGGCCGAGUGGUGGAAAACAUCUCCAAGAGGUGCGGUGGUUUCCUUAGAAAACUCAGCUUGCGCGGCUGCAUCGGCGUCGGGGACUCCUCCUUGAAGACCUUUGCACAGAACUGCCGGAACAUUGAACACUUAAACCUCAAUGGCUGCACAAAAAUCACUGACAGCACGUGCUACAGCCUCAGCAGAUUCUGCUCCAAGCUGAAACACCUGGACCUCACGUCCUGCGUGUCCGUUACCAACAGCUCCUUAAAGGGGAUCAGCGAUGGCUGCCGGAACCUGGAGUAUCUGAACCUCUCCUGGUGUGACCAGAUCACAAAGGACGGCAUCGAGGCGCUGGUGCGGGGGUGCCGGGGCCUGAGAGCCCUGCUCCUGAGGGGUUGCACACAGCUAGAGGAUGAAGCUCUGAAACACAUUCAGAACCACUGCCACGAGCUCGUGAGCCUCAACCUGCAGUCCUGCUCACGCAUUACCGACGAUGGCGUGGUGCAGAUCUGCAGGGGCUGCCGCUGGCUGCAGGCUUUGUGCCUCUCGGGCUGCAGCAACCUCACAGACGCAUCUCUCACGGCCCUGGGCCUGAACUGCCCCAGACUGCAAAUUUUGGAGGCUGCCCGAUGCUCCCAUUUGACGGAUGCAGGCUUUACACUCCUAGCUCGGAAUUGCCAUGACCUGGAGAAGAUGGAUCUUGAAGAGUGCGUCCUGAUCACUGACAGCACCCUCAUCCAGCUAUCCAUCCACUGUCCCAAGCUCCAAGCCCUGAGUUUGUCGCACUGCGAGCUCAUCACGGAUGAAGGGAUUCUCCACUUGAGCAGCAGCACGUGUGGGCACGAGAGACUGCGGGUGCUGGAGCUGGACAACUGCCUCCUCGUCACGGACGCCGCGCUGGAGCACCUGGAGAACUGCCGAGGCCUAGAGCGACUGGAGCUGUACGACUGCCAGCAGGUCACCCGGGCAGGCAUCAAGCGCAUGCGGGCUCAGCUUCCUCAUGUCAAAGUUCAUGCCUACUUUGCUCCAGUCACCCCUCCACCAGCAGUGGCAGGAAGUGGACAUCGACUGUGCAGGUGCUGUGUCAUACUUUGACAGCAGCCUCUUAGGACAAGGGCCCCACCCUCCAGGUUAGACCAGUCUGCGCCACCAUCACUCAAUCUCAAGUCUGCAUUGGGAAAGCAUUGCAGGUAAUGACUUCAGCACAGAUGGCAGUAACUGGUGAUGCCAUUCACCCUAACCUUGCUGGGGUGCAAGCCAAUCACAGCCUGUGUAGUUACCAUGUGGCAAGAGUGACGCGGUGCAGCCAAGACCACACAAGGAGCCCGGAGCCCUUCAGAGGUGGGUACCAUACCAGGCACACCAGCCCCACCCGGCUUUGUCAGCAACCUGCAUAGAACUUCAGUGUUAGCACAACCCAAGCUGAGCAGAGAGCCGUGCUUUUCUAGAUCCUUAGCCAGUGGCCUACUUUAAUCCAUGCUUCCUACUGAUUUGCAGGACUUCUUCACUCUGAAGACUAAAAGCACCUUUGUCGAUGUGAGUGUACUGCAAACUCAGAAUGGCUGGUAGUUUCCCAUGCAGAAACCUGUGGGAAAGGCACGUUAACACAUUUCCGUAAGACACCAAAGAAAUGAGGACUCUAAGCUGGGUGGGCAGGACUGUCACCUUUCUGUUGAUUGAACGUGUUACACCCAACUCUAGGGACCAAAAGUUAGACAAAAGCAGCCUACUUUGCAUUGCCCCAUUGGAAAUAAGCCUGCCAUAGGCUACAGCAUAUAGUGCAUUUUUGCUAAAGGAAAAAAGCCAAUUAUGUCUACACUUUUCAAAUUCGGGAGAACCAAGAAGAAAUCCAGAAUUAAGUUAUCUAUAAUGUAAUCAAGUAAAAAUAAUGAAUGGGUGCAUGUAGAAUGGAUGUAUUUUUUUUCAAAUUUACUCUGAAUUUUUAGAGAUCACGCCAGAACUAUAUUAAAGCUUCACACAUGAAAAACGA